GACCGCGCCGGUCGCAAACAGCGCGCACACAUUGUUUUGGAGGCACUGCCCUUAACACGCUUUUUUCUUCGGUCCCGUUUCGGUAUCGGCGGCAAGACCUCGUUCCUCGCACGUGCGGAAGCGAUCGCCAAGGAGAGGGAGAGAAAAGCGAACAGCGUACAUCGGCGGACAAAUUUCGCGAGCGCGCGGCGCCGCCAGUGCAAGUGUGACUUUCGCUUUUAUCGCACGUGCUCGAACCACCGCUUCAGCGGCAUCACCGCCCGCCUUCUCUCGCUGAUCUGGAAACCGCGUGCCACCAGUCCCUGCCACCCAGCCCUCCUCUCGUAGGCCUCUCCCGUAGGAACAAGCCUGUGCGACCCGCCAACCGCAUUAUCGCCUCCGGCACUCUCCGACCUCGGCUCGAAAAAAAAAAAUCGGCUCCUGAUUCGGCCACUACGUACCAAGGCUCAGCCUCCGCGAUGACCCUCACGUACCUGUGCCUGGUCACCUCAAUGCUGGUGCUCUUGCUGGCGCCGUCAUGGGCGGAUGCUCAGCCGCCCCGCUGCCGCGCACUGUGCCAGAAGGACCCUGGCGAAGACGCCUGCGAGCGCUGCCGGCUGAGAACCUUCAUGCGCUUCGGCAAGAGAGACUCGUCCCGAGCCAUCGCCCUCAUCCGAGAACCCGUGCUCGACGUCCAGUCCGUGCUGCUCGACGACGAUGACGACCGCCCCGCCAGGGCGUCCGGCGCCGUCGGCGGCGGAAGCUCGUCCUCUCGCGAGCAGCUGCUCCUGGAGCAGCCGGCACCCGCUGCCCGGCCCAGCCGGGACCGCUACGGCCUGCUGCUCAGGACCAUACGGGACGUCCGGGGACGGAGCGCGGACUAAGGAAACUGAGAAAAAAAAAAAAGAAGGGUGUGGCUCCGAUGCAAAUUGCCAUUGUUCCAGCUGUCGCCGGAACCUUCCUCUCUGAGCCUCACCCCACUCCAGACCCCGAAACGAAGCCCCGCCCCCAACUAUCGCGAGACGCUAUACAGAAGCGACGCGACGCGUUCGCUGAGCCCUUGAAUCAACUCGCAAGGCGACCCGUUAUUCUAUAAAAGGAGGGCUUGGCCCUCGCUGCCAGGAGUCACGAGCCGAUGGCGCAGCUUCGGCUUUAGUGCUCUUGCCCGCUGUCUCAGCUGUCAUUGUGUUGCUACGGGGCGCUCUUCUGUCGCUCUUGGCGAGAUGUGCGAGAGGAGCCAGUUAGCGAUGUUUUCAGCUGUACGAAGUCGUUUGUCCAGAAACCAAAGCACGAUGUCUUUUGACGAUGUCCUUUGAGUUGUGUUUUCUCGUUGGUUUGUCCUCUUUCUUCGCUACAGUGUGAUUGACCUGUACGUAAGCGAAUAUUUUACCGCGUGCGGCUAAUCAUUUUGCGCAGGAGUUCAUAAAUGAAGUAAUAAGCAAGUGAAGUUUUGAUCUCGUUGAUGGGUCGAGAUAAACAUCAGCCAUGCUAAUAACAUUGUCGUCAAGGCAUCGCACAAGAUUGACAAUGCAUGAGGAUCUCUAUUCUGCCAAAGCAAUCAUUUUAAGAACUGUCAAAAGCUUAUGAAAAAAUGAAAGGUUGUUUGGUAAUCAAUGUGAUUGUGAAGUCACUGGCCAUGCUCGUACAGAUGUGCUAUCAGCAUACGAUAUGCAACCUUUUGUCAAUAAUUGAAGUUUGUUGAAGUUUAUCUGCAAGUGUUCUGCAAAAUGUCAUAUUCACAGCGGGAGAUGUGUGCAUUAUAAUGUUUGAGGAACUUUUGAGACACAUACGCAGGCCUGCCAACUGGGCAGAUGCCUCUCAGAUGCUCGUGAUGAAUUGAACUGUGGCAUCUCAACGAAGUUGUUCUAUGAGCAGUUUUCGGGUGAUGAGGUCUGUAUGACAGGAUCUGGGGGGGAAAUGUUCUGGUGUGUUGAAUGGUGACGCGACUUAUACUUUUUUUUUUUCAGGGCAAUAUGCCUAGCUGAUUACGGUAAUUGCAGAAAUUGAAAGUGUUUUCUUUUACACAUUAGGGUCCCCCGAUGGAGGAAUGCCGAUAAUUUGGUGCACACAUUUACCUUUAUUUUUCCAUCUCACAUUUUCUCAUAUGAAUGGUAAGCAGGUGGCAAAGCGAACUUGAUCGUUGAGUAUCUUCUUUUGCUUCAUGAGUUGAGUCACGGGUGAGGAAGUAAUAAUGCACUUUGUUCAUUCGUAGUGUGCGUCCGCGUUGUACGUUGAAUUUUGCAAUAAGCACACAGUAUUGUCAACAGAUUUCAACAUGCGUGCCAUAUACCGCAGUGCUGUGAUGGGGUUUAUUUUUGCAAAAAGCGAUAUUAGAAUAAAGAUGUGAAAAAGACGCGAAAAUGUUUGUUCUGCGGUGGUGAAGACUGUUCAUAUUCUAUCUUUGAAACUCGACUUUCGAGCAUAAGCGCUUGAAUGGUUCAUGGAGAUAAAUAGUGCAGCAGACAACAGAAAUGGAGCACGUACAAUUUUAUUGUUCGCUUGCUGCAUACUGAUUUUACAGAGAUCCAUUAUUUAUUUAGUCUGUAGUUAGUGUAUUUAUAUAUCUAUUCUAUCCGUGUAGCGGAUUAGUUCAUCGUAACUUAUUUAUCAUUGUAUUUUUUCUUAUUGAGUUGCUUGUACGCGAACGUAGUCAAGAGACGUAUUAAAAACGAGUGGGGAUAUUAUCUUAAUUUUUCCGUCUCAUGUCACAAACUGGAGACACAUGCCACCGUCGUUAGAAGAAAGGGGGAGAUCGGAGCUGCUCUAUUGGAUUCUAACAGUUGUUACACUUGUCAGCUUUUUGUUGCGGAUGCCAUGUCGUCCCAAGAGUUAGUGAUGAAAUUACAAGAUUCUCAGCUUUUCUUGGGAUAAUAUCUUGAGCUCUGUGUAAUAACUGUUGGAUAAGGGCGCAACAUGGUUACGCGUGCCCGGUAUCGUUAGAUGUGCCGCCAGCAAUAUUGCACUGAUCUAUUGAAUUCCCAUGAACCACAGAAAUACCGCUGCCGAAAGCAAUAUUGAAUAACGUCUUUGGACAAACAAGAUGUUUACACACUCUCUGAUCUCACGCAAGAAGGGCUUCAUUUAGACGUUAAGAAUAGGGCACUGCUUACAGUCAGGAAUCAACACAUUAUGUACCAGUAACUAAUAUUUAGGGUCAGUGUGCGGCCAUGUGUAUUUCAUUCAUAACACAAACAUUUGCUUAAUUCACAAGAAAAUUUCGGCUAAAGUAAAUUAUGAAGCUCUUCCUGAACAUGAUGUGACAAGUGAUGGGAAUAACAUGGCGGAGAAGCUCGUUUCCUCGCGACUCUUUAUCUCGCCAUUGUUUGAGUACUUUGCUGGUUUGUACGAGAAAAACAACUUAUUUAUGAAUUGUGUACAUAGUUAUUUAUUUACGUGUUGUUUCUGUCACAUCCAAUGCUUUUCGCGUUGGCUAUUUAUUGGACGAUGUGAGCCUGGAGCAAUGUCGUGUCUCUAGUGUCUUUCAACGUGAAGGUGGCAUCGUUGCUGGGAGCCUCACGGCACGUUUAUAGUGAUUUAUGCCAAGUUUCGCCUUGCAGUAGCCAAUAUUCGGCACACGCCGAUCGUUGCUGGGCCAAUAGCUGCAGCAGCGAAAAUGUAUUCUGUCAUGUCGGCAGAUGAUAUUGUAUUGAACUGAACGUUGCAAAUGAAUGAAUGAAAAAAAGUACGCACUAUGUCAGUGCGACACAAGAUUCUCUUUUUUAUUUUGUUCUCAAGCUUUAUUUAUUUCAUCGCCGAGACGGAGACUAGAAAUACAUGAAUAAAAACACCCUUUAUUCUGGUCAA